GGCCAGGAUGGCUCCUCAGAUCUAGCCAGGGAGGACAGAGCAGUACCAACGGUCCCUGUCCAAGGCAUGGUGGGACCAGGAUAGAGGAGCUGCCAUGAGGAUGUCUGAAGCCAAGACCCUGAGCUCUUCUUGCCUUGUGCUUUUCUUCCUCUCCUUGCACUGGGCUUUGCUCCAGCUGGGACAGGCUUUUCCCAGCACCUCUGACUACCUCCAGCGGGGCUGGCAGCGGCUGCUGGAGGAAGGGGAGGGCUGCGCUGAGUGCCAGCCGGAGGAGUGCCCGGCGCCACGUGGGUGCCUGGCUGGCACCGUACGGGAUGCCUGUGACUGCUGCUGGGAGUGUGCCAACCUGGAGGGACAGAUCUGUGACCUGGACAACACCAACCACUUCUACGGCAAGUGCGGGGAGCACCUGGAGUGCCGGCUGGAUGCCGGGGACCUGCGGCACGGAGAAGUGCCCGAGCCCCAGUGCGCCUGCCUGUCCCACCUGGCCCUCUGUGGCUCCGACGGCAGAACCUACGCCCAGAUCUGCAGGUUCCUGGAGGUCGCCCGUGCCCACCCCGAUGCCAACCUCACUGUGGCCCACGAGGGUCCCUGCGAGUCAGAGCCUCAGAUCACCUCUCCUCCCUACGACACGUGGAACGUCACUGGGCAGGAUGUCAUCUUCGGCUGUGAGGUCUUUGCCUACCCCAUGGCAUCCAUCGAGUGGAGGAAGGACGGCACGGAGAUGUUGCUGCCUGGAGAUGACCCCCACAUCUCUGUCCAGUUCAGAGGCGGCCCCCAGAAAUAUGAAGUGACAGGCUGGCUCCAGAUACAGGGCGUGCGAGUGACGGACGAGGGCAUCUACCGCUGCUUUGCCAGGAACAGAGUCGGGGAGGGGAUGGCAUUAGCCAGCCUGACUGUCUUCACACCAGACCAGCUCAACCUGACAGGCUUUUCCCUGCCGAAGCCCCACACAACACCCGAGGACUACGGGGAGAGCGAGGAAGACUAUUACUAG